GUCAGCUGGCGGGCGACCCCUGACCUCUGACCCCCAACCGGCGGCCAUGGCGGAGGGGGCGGCGGCGGCGGCCAUGCUGAGGCGGGCGGUGGAGCUGGACGCGGCCUCCCGCUUCCCGGAGGCGCUGCUCUGUUACCAGGAGGGCAUCGACCUGCUGCUGCACCUGCUCAAAGGCACGAAGGAUGAGACCAAGAAAAGCCAUUACAGACAGAAAAUCUCCGACUACAUGGACCGAGCGGAACAGAUCAAAAAAUUCCUGGCCCAGGAAAAAGAAGACGGGAAACACCACAGGCAGAUCAAAAUCGAAGACAACGCCACGGGCUUCGGUUACGAGUCGCUCUUCCGCCGCUAUCUCACCGAGGCGGUGACCGAAGUGUGGGUCGAAGACCCCUACGUCCGGCACGUCCACCAGCCCCCCCGACGGUCCGAUUUCUUCCAGCUCUACAACUUCCUCCGGUUCUGCGAGAUGCUCAUUAAGAGGCCGGGCAGAGUGAAAACCAUCCAUCUCCUCACCUCGGAGGACGAGGACAGGGGGAAGGAUCUGCAGGCCAGCGGCCUCGAAGAAAUAAGGCAGUCGCUCGGGAAGCACGGAGUGGUGCUGGAAAUCCGAUAUUCACCUUCGAUUCACGACCGAGAAAUCCGGUUCAACAGCGGAUGGGUGAUUAAGAUCGGACGGGGCCUGGAUUAUUUCAAGAAGCCACAGGGUCGUUUUUCACUCGGAUUUUGUGAUUUGGACUUGAGACCGUGCCACGAGACGACGGUGGAUAUUUUUCACGCGGAGCACACCAAGAAAAUAUAACGGCGCCCGGCAUCGACCCGUCCCGCGACCGUAUCUCCAACGGCCGGAUGGACGGACCGCGUGCCGGCCUCGAGGCCGCCGGUUUCCCCAUCCUCGAAGGCGGGGACGGUGGUGUUUCCGUGAUAAAGGAUCGGAUUGUUUCGCUCCGGCGGGGCUGCUUCCGGGGGGAGCGCUGGAAUCCAA